UCCUGUGGCAUAAAUGACGUGCCGAGAGAGCGAGCGAACGCGCAGCCGGGAGAGCGGAGUCUCCUGCCUCCCGCCCCCCACCCUUCUAGCUCCCGCUCCUCCUCCGCUGCCCGUACACAGACGCGCUCACACCCGCUCCCUCACUCGCACACGCAGACACGCGCGCACACACGCUGCCCUCUCCCCGCGCUCACACCCCUCCUGCCCUGCGCCCUCGCCGGUGCAGCGCCGCGCCGCAGCCGGACGCCCCUCCUGGGCUCACUGGGCGACGCUGACAGCGCAGGCGGUGGCCGUGGAGGUGGGAGAAGCGGCGGCAUCCUCCCCCCUGGCGGUGGCCGGAGCCAGGACGCCGGCAGAACCUCUCGGCGGCGCUCUCCCAUGAGUCGGGACCGCAGCAUCCCAGGCCAGCAGCUCACCGCCUCCGGGAGCCGCUGGGCUUGUCCACCGCAGCCCGUCCGGGACAGCAGCUGUGACUACCCCCCUGUGCAGAUUUCGGGGCAUCUCUCUAGAAACUCGUUCUAAAGACGGAACCGCCACAGCAUUCAAAGCCCACUGCGGGAGAGCGCAGCCCGGCAAGCCCGGGCCCUGAGUCUGAACACUCAGUAGAGCCAGGCAGCACCGCCGAAGCUUUGCCUCGCCGGUCGUCCCCGCCUUCUACGCUCUCAGCCUCUGCUGGAGAGACCCCCAGCCCCACCAUUCAGCGCGCAAGAUACCCUCCAGAUAUGCCCUGUGUGCAAGCCCAGUAUAGCCCUUCGCCUCCAGGGUCCAGUUAUGCAGCACAGACCUAUGGCUCGGAAUACAGCACGGAGAUCAUGAAUCCCGAUUAUGCCAAACUGACCAUGGACCUCGGCAGCACAGAGAUCACGGCCACAGCCACGACGUCCCUGCCCAGCUUCAGUACCUUCAUGGAGGGCUACACAAGCAGCUACGAAAUCAAGCCCUCCUGCGUGUACCAAAUGCAGCCCUCUGGGCCACGGCCUUUGAUCAAGAUGGAAGAGGGUCGAGCACCUGGCUACCACCAUCACCACCAUCACCACCACCACCACCACCACCAUCACCAGCAGCAGCAGCCAUCCAUUCCCACGCCCUCUGGCCCGGAGGACGAGGUGCUGCCCAGCACGUCCAUGUACUUCAAGCAGUCCCCGCCAUCCACCCCCACCACGCCUGGCUUCCCCCCGCAGGCAGGGACGCUGUGGGACGACGCGCUGACCCCCUCGGCUCCUGGCUGCGUGGCCCCCGGCCCGCUGCUGGACCCGCCCAUGAAGACGGUGCCCACGGUGGCCAGUCCGCGCUUCCCACUCUUCGACUUCAAACCCUCGCCACCGCAUCCACCCGCACCCAGCCCUGCUAGCAGCAGCCACCACCUUGGCUACAACCCGACGGCCGCUGCCGCGCUCACCCUCCCCCUGGGAACCGUGGCCGCCGCGGGAAGCCAGGCUGGCGCGCUCGAGGGCCACCCGUUCAGCCUGCUGGGCAAGCGGGCGGCCCCGCUGCCUUUCACGCCCAUCGGCCUCACGGCGUCCCCUACUGCCUCCAGCCUGCUGGGCGAGAGUCCCAGCCUGCCGUCACCGCCUAACAGGAGCUCCUCUUCAGGAGAGGGCACGUGCGCAGUGUGUGGGGACAACGCCGCCUGCCAGCACUAUGGGGUGCGCACCUGUGAGGGCUGCAAAGGCUUCUUCAAGAGAACAGUGCAGAAAAAUGCAAAAUAUGUUUGCCUGGCAAAUAAAAACUGCCCAGUAGACAAGAGACGUCGAAACCGAUGUCAGUACUGUCGAUUUCAGAAGUGUCUCAGUGUCGGGAUGGUUAAAGAAGUUGUACGUACAGAUAGUCUAAAAGGGAGGAGAGGCCGGCUGCCUUCCAAACCAAAGAGCCCAUUACAUCAGGAACCUUCUCAGCCCUCUCCACCUUCUCCUCCAAUCUGUAUGAUGAAUGCCCUUGUCCGAGCUUUAACAGAUUCAACACCGAGAGAUCUGGAUUAUUCCAGAUACUGUCCCACUGACCAGGCUGCUGCAGGCACAGACGCUGAGCAUGUGCAACAGUUCUACAACCUCCUGACGGCCUCCAUUGAUGUAUCCAGAAGCUGGGCAGAAAAGAUUCCGGGUUUUACUGAUCUCCCCAAAGAAGAUCAGACAUUACUUAUUGAAUCAGCCUUUUUGGAGCUGUUUGUUCUCAGACUUUCCAUCAGGUCAAACACUGCUGAAGAUAAGUUUGUGUUCUGCAAUGGACUUGUCCUGCAUCGACUUCAGUGCCUUCGUGGAUUUGGGGAGUGGCUCGACUCCAUUAAAGACUUUUCCUUAAAUUUGAAGAGCCUGAACCUUGAUAUCCAAGCCUUAGCCUGCCUGUCAGCACUGAGCAUGAUCACAGAACGACAUGGGUUAAAAGAACCAAAGAGAGUGGAGGAGCUAUGCAACAAGAUCACAAGCAGCUUAAAAGACCAUCAGAGUAAAGGACAGGCCCUGGAGCCCACCGAGCCCAAGGUCCUAGGUGCACUGGGAGAACUGAGGAAGAUCUGCACCUUGGGCCUCCAGCGCAUCUUCUACCUAAAGCUGGAAGACUUGGUGUCUCCACCUUCCAUCAUUGACAAGCUCUUCUUGGAUACCCUACCUUUCUAAGCAGGAACAAGCUAAGCAGGAAGGCCACCUCAUCUGCUAGCUCCCACGUGUGCAGAAAAGGAUGGGGCUGGACACCUACCAUUGUUCUAUCCUUCCUUCAGAGGAAAAAAAACAAAACAAAACAAAAAAAACAGCUCCUAUAGAAAACAAAGACAUUUUCCUGGAAUCUUUCCUGACAACUUAAAAGCAGAAAACUUACAGAGUAUUGUGUUGGAGUUGUGUUUUCUAUUUAGGCUUUGGAGGGUGGGAUGGGAAGGGUUAUAUAGUUCAUGAGGGUUUUCUAAGAAAUUGCUAACAAAGCACUUUUGGACGAUGCUAUCCCAGCAGGAAAA